CUGCAAUAGUUGUUUGGAUAAUGGCGGCGCUUCACCUCACAGCGCUUCUAACCUUCCGUUAAAACCUCGGAAAAACGCGACACAUCGCGGGAAUCGAGCACAACACACGCUUCCGAGUCUCUUUCUAAUGCCUGCUCUGGGCUGGGGGUGACGAGGACAUGGUGCUCUGAGAACACCUCCCAGAAGGAGGGCGGAGUAGAGAUGUGGAGUCAAUCGGGAGGAGAGGAAGCACCGGCGACGGAACUGCGCGCUGGGGAGAACGAGCUCUCAUCCACAUGGAGGAAUCUAAACCAGAGCAAAGCAGCUCUGCGUCACAUUGAGAAUCAGAUGGAGGCAGCGGUCGGUUCGGGAGUCGUCAUCACCUCACUGAACACGGAGAAGACACACAAACACAGAGGUAGGCGGAGUUCGGAGGGUGAUGAUGCGGUGGGUAAGCCCCGCCCACAGAGUCGGAGCAGCCCGGAUAAGAGCUCUCGGAGCCCACUGCGGACCAGCACGCAGGACAACACACACACUUCACACCGACCCGCCUCCUCUCCCCUCGACUCGUCCCUGAGCCGACUGGUGUACGAAAGAGACUGUCGUCCUCUUCAUGCGGCGGACGCGGACAGUACUCGCUCCUCGGCACUGGAGGCCACGACCGUACGCGUCCUCAACGACUUGUCUGCUCUGCAGAGGUCAGAGGGCACGGUGGAGGGGUCGGAAGUUAGUCCGGGGUCAGCGCGGCUGGAGAAGCUGCGUCAGCGUCGGACGGAUGAGAAGCUGGAGAAGCUGAAGGAAAGGAUCAGAAGGCAGAGGGAGCAGUUGGAGGAGGCGGCGACGGCGGAUAAGGGGAAGGAGAGGGCGAUAGGGGCGGGGCAGGGAACUGACUCCACCCACCAGCACGUCACCAAAGUGCGCAAAGUGGCAGCCGCUCCACCUGCGCCCAACUAUAAAGGGUUUAACAGCAGGGAGGUGAAGAGCCGCUCCUCCGAUGGAAGAAGGCAGGGAGACAGCGAGAUUCACGUAAACCCAGAGAUUUAUAAAAAGAUUACAGACCGUGUCUCCGACCGAACGAAACGCAAACCGGUGGAGAAAGACAAGCAGCAGCAGGAGAGGAAGCUGAUCAAACCCGUGAGGAAGAUUUACAGAUCUGCGUCUGUUCCUGAACCCAAAGCAGCGAUCAGCGUGUCGUCAUGGCGAGAGGGACAGAAACUGGUAAAGAUGAUGCUGGGGCCGUUGCCACGGGAACCUCGUGCUCAGUCGGAGGAGAGAGAGAGACGGACAGGUACUACAUCUCGUUCCAGUUCUGCCACCAAGGUGGACCCUACCCACCGAUCGAGAUCAGGCAGCACAGAAAAACCUGCAGCAGCUCAACACUCCAGACCAGCUGGGGGCGCCAGGGUCAAAGAACAGCCCCCGAAUCGAGGCUCUGUGCCACCAGGGGGAAACAGGGAGCGAGAAACAUCAACAGCUCUGUCCUCCAGGCCACACAGAGGCAGCAGGGAGCGAGAAUCUGGAGCAAUUUCCAGGUCUCCAAGGGGCGGCGGCGCUCUCUCCUCCUCCAGCCUCGACUUUCUCCCCGCUGACAUCCGCGGCAUCCUGGACGAUCUGCAUCUGGAAGAUGGCGGCGCCAGGUCACAUGACGCAGGACGAGUCGGCAGGAAGAGGGCGGACCGAAGCCCGUCGAAGCAACGCCUCGAGAACACAGAGAGUCACCUGCCGAGGAAACGGCACUACGACUCUGACUCGGUGCGGCGCUACAUCGCUAAACAGCAGGAGGAGAGAAAGAGGAGGCAAGCGGACGAGAGGCGGAGUCAGAGGGAGGAGCAGGAGAGGCGGAGUCAGAGACUGCAGGAGCUAUACAAGAAACAGCGAGAGGGCGUCACCAAGCAACAAGCUCCUCCCCCGAGUCUCACAAACCCACUUCUGCAAGAGACGUACACCAAGAUGCUCCUGGGACACACGCUGCAACGGGGGUAUCAGCCGUCUGGGGAAUCCGAUAAAGAGAACAAAAGACUGGAACCACUCAGUCCCUCCACCAGCGAACUCUCAGAACACACACCGUCUCCACUGUGCAGGGCUGAUUUAGUGGCGCCCCCUGCUGAUCAGUUCUUCUCUCAUCUCCUGAGUCUGGAGCCAGAGUGUGUAAACUCCACCACACACACCGUGGACACACACACCACGAGUAGACAGAACCGCGUGGAGGCCCUGAAGGCGUGCGCCGCUUCCCUGUCUAGCCGAAUCGAAACUGAAGCGAGAAAGCUUGUCACAUACGGCAAUGGUGGUGCCAACGAUGGCCACGCCCACCGAACCAAACCUCCGAGCCCGCCGGAGAGAGAGCGGCCCGACUCCGCCUCCAGGCUCCACGGUGGCGCCGCUGAACUCCCCGGUGUCGGAAACCUGUACAGUUUCAUCACCCGGGAGGGAUGGGGUGAGAUCACGAAACCCCGCCCGCACCCCAUCAGCCCCGCCCUCCCGUUCACCGCGCAAGAUGAGAAGCACGACUCGAGCGGAGGCUCCAUCAGCGAGGGUGUCCUGAGCGACGGCAGCCUGUCCGACCCCGGCGAUUACAGCGGGGUUUAUAACGAGCACAACCACGCCCACGACCGUAUCACGUUGUUCCGGAAAGAGGCAGAGCUCCACACGCCAUAUAGGCCUCUGGUGACAUCACAGCCUCCGUGGGAGGAGCUAAGCAAGGGCAGCCCUCACAGUGUCAUCAACAUUUACGCCAAAAACCUCAAAAAAUACGCGAUGGACACCACAGAAGCAGAGAGAUCUCACAGCUUGGUGAACGGAGUAGUCUAUGAAGACGACUUCAUCUCCUGCAGCAGCAGCCAAUCAGCAUCGAGGAGAGCUGCUAAUGGAAUCAGUAAUGGGCGGAGCUCUGCUGCAGAGGAUGAGAAGAGAGACAGAUUUCCUCACUCCCCUGCCUCCACCCCGAUGUCCUCACCUUCCUCCGCCCACUCCGUCAGCAAGAGAGGUUCACAGAGAAGUUUGGAGCGCACCCUAGUGGACGUACAGAGAAGCGCAUCCUCGUUUGUCUCUGAGCCUCGGAAGAGUGACUCGCCUCGAGGCUCUCACAGGAGUGCUGACGGUAACGGAACACCAGGGGGCGCAUCAAUGCACUCCACCCACAGUGCGGUGUCUGAGCUCCCACAAUUUCCCAAAAGCCCGGCUGACUCUCCCAGAAUCUCCGGCUCAUCGUCUUCCAGUCCUGCAUCUGCCAAAGGCUCCGUCCCAAACACAGGGCCCGCCCAUAGUGCAGUCUCCACCCCUGGACCCGCCUACAGCACCACAGAGCUUCAGUUCGCCCCGGGCGUGCUGCAGCAGCGUCUCAGCGCAGAGCUGAACUUCCUGGACGCGGUGGAAGAGUCGGUGAGACAGCUGAGCGACGUGGAGAGAGUGCGUGCGGUGUCGCUGGCUCAGCAGGAGAGCGUCUCACUCGCGCAGAUCAUCAAGGCUCAGCAGCAGAGGCAGGAGCGGGAGCUGCAGCUGUUGAAACUGAAAGCAGAGCAGGAAGCCCUGGAGACGCAGAGACACGUUCAGGAGAGCCGAGAGAGAGCGGCACAGGCCCAUGCAGAGCUCUGUGAGAAUCUGGUUCAGUCCCAUCAGAAGGCUCUCAUGGAGCUGCACGAGAACAGCAGCAGGAUGAUCCAGCAGCACACCGACACGGCGCAGCACCUCCUAGAGAUGACGGAGAUGACCCGCUCUCAGAUCCCCAACGUUCCCCCUGUAACACCUGUGAGGCAGCCACACCCACAUACAGACAGUAGGAGUGGCGUCUCAGCAGAGAAAACACCAACAGUAGACACCCCACAGAGUAGCUUGACCGAGUCUGAGUCUUUUAGGAUACACUCCUUGAGCGAGCGGCAGGGUGACGGCGGCGUGGACCGGAGCAGCUCCGUGGAAGACGAUGCCAACACCGCCGCUGACGACUCGCUCCAAGCAGACAGCGUCUCCAUCAAUUAUUCCUCGAAGUUUGACGAGUCUGUGACCGAGGACGAGCUGGAGAAGUCCUUCCGCUCCGUGCUUCCGUCCGAGUCUCACUGGAGGGGAUCGGUGGAGAGGAAGCGGCAAUCGGACGAGGAACCGAACCCCGAGAAAUCGUCUAACAAGCAGGACAGCAGUGUCCCUGUGUUCUCGGCGGAUCAGUACAGCUUCUCGGAGUUCACCAUGACGAUGGUGAAGCAGUGCAUGCAGGAAGAGGAAGUCCGCUCUCAGCACCAGAGCUCCCUGCUGCGCCUCCGACACCGAGCGCUCAAGGAGAAAACCCGCGCUGAGCUCGAGUGGCUCGAGCUCCAAAAGAGGCGUCUGCGCGAUAAGGGAGAGGACGAUAAAAUGCCUCCAAUCCGCAAGAAACAGCGCGGCCUUCUGCUCAAGCUACAGCAGGAGCAGGCAGAGAUCAGGAGGCUGCAGGAGGUGAACCGGGCAGCGCGGAGAGAGAGGAAAUUAUUGCUGAAACAGCAGGAGGAGAUCGAGAGGAUCCAACACACCACACUGAGACUGAGGGAGAAACUCAGGAACGCUGAAGAUACAAACCAGAGGUCACCUGUGUCAGGUGUGAGUGAGGACUUGACUCCUCCCACCGAGCUGGAUGUGGAGUUCCGUAGCCCCUCCCCCGUAUCUGUGUCAGGAAGUGAGACGAGCAGUGUCAUGAAGAAACUGAAGAUGAUGAGUUAUCACACAGAUGAAAGCAGCAGCUCUCCUGUGCAGUGUCUCUUCUCCAUGUUUAGUGCCCUGCACUGGGCGUGGCUGCGUGUGUCUCUCCCUAAACUCCACCCUCACUUCCUCGUUAUCUACAGUCAGUUGGUCAGGUUUCUAACUCAGCGUGAACUGCGGUUGGUGCAUUGGCGUCAGCAGGUGGAGGCGGAGCUGAGGCGUUCGGAUGGGGCGGAGUCCCUGAUGAAGGGACGGGCACUCUCGGACCAACACACCCUGCAGAAACACAGCACAGAUGAUCUGCAGAGAGACAGACAAGAGGAGAGAAAGACAGGACGAGAAGCGCGCAGUGAGGAAGACUUGUCUCCGGCGCUGUCCGUCUCCAGCAUACACACUGUGCAAGAGUGUGAGAACACACACAGUCGUGAGUCUCCCCAAGUUCAUGCGAGUUCCACCAGUAAAGUGACCUCACACAGCAGCUCCAGAAAGCCAGACCUCCCUUCAUCAGCUCCAACAUCUGAGGCAGCAUCGGAUCAGAGUGACAUCGAGGGGCGUGUCCUGGCUCUAAGGGCGGAGCUUCGCAGGCGUAAAGCUGAAGUCCAGCGUCUAAAGAAGGAGCAGAGACUGAGACACAAAGAGAGACUGAAAGCUCAAGAGGCCAGUCUGCUCAAACAGCUGGAGUCCUACAACGACUUCAUCGAGAAGACCAAAGCCGAGCUGAGUGAAGCGGACGGUGCCACUUCUGCUAAACCUCAGAUCAAGACUCCGACAUCGGGGUCACACAAGUCCAGUACCAGAAACUCCACCUCAGACAGGUCUGAAACCGAGAGGAGUUUCACAGGAAGGAGUCACGAAUCCGAAUCUGAGCGAUCAGACAGGAUACACACAGAGUCUCCGGUGCUGAGUGAUGAUGAUCCUCCCACUGUGACCCCAACACCAGUACUGGGAAGCCCAAAUCAUCUGAGUCCACCUGAACCGCAGCACGAUGAACACAUCCGACCCAAAAGCCCCGCCAGACUGGAACCGGACACCUCGUCCAAUCAGAUCUUAGCCUCCAGCCCGAGGUCAGAGGUCAUAGAGGAGCUGGAAACUCCAAGGGCGAAUUUGUCCGAGUCAGAACACUCGUAUCCGGCGCUUAAUCUGAAAAGCCAGGACUCGAAAGAGGAUUUCUCUAAAAAUGAAGCAGAAAUUGCUCUUGCUGUAAAAGACAGCCAUGAAGAGAGAGAAUUUGUGAAUAAUUCUGUAGAUAUUAAAUCCAGUUCCUCACACGCAACUAAGCCAGAACCAAAAGAACCCAAACUCCCAGAGAUUCCUUCACCCAUAGACUCCACUCCAGACGUUUCCCCGGGAAAGAACGACUCGGAGCACAAACCCAGCACGUCACCAUCAGUCCUCAGCUACAACGAUGAUUUUGAGUCAGUGGAACAUCGUCACCCUCAAUCGCCGCUUUCUGAAGAUCCAGAAGAAAAUUCUUACAAGUUUUCCUUCAGCAGCAGCGAUGGAGAGAUAGAGGAGGAGAUUAGCACCAAGUCAGGGAAUACAAGUGGGACCAGUGAGCAGGACAGGCCUUUAGAUCUCAACGUCCUGGCAAAGGAGAUCAUCGAUGAUGCUGUUUAUAGUGCUGCAAAGUCUCUAGUGGAUGAGAUGCCUGAUUACGUCAUCGGGGACCGGGUUCUGGUGAGCAACACCCAGCCAGGUACUCUGAGGUUUAAGGGCUGGACGAGCUUCGCUGGCGGAUUCUGGGCCGGAGUGGAGCUGGACGUUCCCGAGGGAAGCAACGAUGGCACUUACAAUGGAGUCGUUUACUUACAGUGCGAGGAGAAGCACGGGAUAUUUGCUCCUCCUGGUAAGAUCUCUCAUCUACCCGAGACGUUUCAAAGCCGUACCAGAACAUCGGUGGAGGAGGAUUCCUCGUUUGACGAUCAGUCGAACGAAAUGGCGAAAACAAACAACCUGUCUGACGAGACGCUUCAGGAUAACGACGAGACGAAAGAAGUGUCUGAUUCAAAGCUGUCUGACAUUACAAAAGACCUAAAGAUCGACUCCACUGCUGGUGAUGCUGAGAUCUUCCAUGACCUUAAUGGGGCAGAUCCUCCCGUGUCACCAGAGAAGAGUGAAGACAUCGUCCUGAAACUUAAAGACAUCCCACGAGUCGAGGAAAUUCAGAAAGAUCAAACACCAGAUAUCCUGGACCUGCUGAUCCACAGCGAGACGUCCACAGCGACCGAGGACCUUCAGAAAACUUUAGAUGUUGGUCCGAUCGCGGAUGGAUCGGUCACGAACGAGGGCAAAUCUGUCACGACUCUGACCAACACACUCAUGGAACGCUUCAUGAGCGACGCCCUUAAACAGUUUCAGCAGAUCAAGAAGGCGAAGGAGGAGAAAAUCUCAGCCGCCAAUCAGAUCGCCUUCCUCGACGAGGACGAAGAACCCAGUGAGAACCACCAUUUCGACAAGGACCAAGAUGGAGUGUCCUCUCCUGAGCUUUGUCACCAAGCAGAGAGCCCGGUUCUGGGUCAGGAGUUGCUGGUGCAGCGUUUAGCCGAGCUGGAGCUGAACCGCGAGUUCCUGCACGUGCUCAGCGACGAGCCGGACUGGUUCGAUGAGGACUUCGGCCUCAGCUCGCGCAAACACGCUCAGCACAAGAACAAACUCCGGCAGGAGGAGCUCGCGUCCGCGCCUGCGGCCAAACUCCCGCACGUCAGGCCACAGGAGGAGCCGGCCGCCCCCGCCAUGGUGGUCCCUCACAAAGCCCCGGAGGUGGAGAAGCUGGCGAGCGCCGCCCUGCUGGAGAUAUGGAGGAGCUGUGGGAUGGAGCGCGGGAACCGGAGUCUGACCUCGGCGCCCAAACCUCGGGCUUCAGAGACGCUGCUGGGAGACGAGAGCGGCGAGGAGUGUGUGCGCAGCUACAAACAGGCGGUGUUUGAUCUGUCCUGGGAGCUCAUGCAGGAAAUCUACGCUGAAGAUCCCAACACUAAUCGUCCUCCCUGGGUCAAACCACGGCGUGUUAAUUCACCCUACAUACACAGAAUCACAGACACCAGUGACCUCACUAAAGUCCAGGAGUUUGUGACCGGUGAGGUUCUGAAGCUGUACCGUCUGAAUAAAGAACACAACCACAGAACCGACUGGCAGAAGAUGCUCAAGUUCGGUCGAAAGAAGAGGGACAGAGUCGACCACAUCCUGGUGCAGGAGCUCCAUGAGGAAGAGGCUCUGUGGGUGAACUACGAUGAAGACGAGCUGCUAGUGAAGAUGCAGCUGGCUGACGGGAUCCUGGACACGCUGCUGAAGGACACGGUGGACCUUCUCACCCACAUCCACCAGAGGAGAUCCACACGGGCCCUGUCCUGACCCCCCACACCCUGCUCCCACCAUUCAGGACGGAACCCGCAGCAGCAGGCUCUCCGGGAGAUCCACACGGGUCAUGUUCUGAUUCUGCUGCUCAGAUCUCCUGUCGCUCCCUUUAAAGUCCUCUCGGUGAUCGGGACCGGACCGGAACACCCCUCCUCUCGCCUGUACAACUGUACCAUAUUCGCCUUCGUGCUCGUUUUUCUAAUUUAUUUGUAAAGAAAAAAAACAUUUUUUAAAUUGUGUGAAAAUGUGUAAAGAGAUGAUGAUGAUGAUUUAAGCACCGCGUAAACACGUUUAAGCACAUGCGGAACCAAGAGGAACCAAGCAGACGGGGAUAAUGAGAUGAUUUAGAGACGAAUGUCUACCAAUGAAUUGAUCUAUAUUAUUUUAUAGAUUUUAAAUUUAGCAGAGAGUAACGAUCAGAGAGUAACGAUCAGA